GAUCAACGUGUGAACCAACUCCAACGCACGUAAGAACAAAAACCCCACUCGAACAAACAACAAACACCCUCCAAGGCUCCAACAACUCGCUCUCUCUAACGCCCACAUAGAAUCUAUGGACUAACUAAAAAAAAAAAACCUUCUUCGCCUCCUUGCCGUCGUGAUCGCCGCCGACUUUCCAUUUCCGAUUUCUGUCUGUAGCUUCCAUGGCUUCAAUCUCCGGAAUUUGCUCUUCGUCCUCUCCGUCGGUCAAGCCCCGCCUAAAGCCCCUUCUCCGCGCCACUUCGCUCCGGCGAAAUAUGGUGUCGUUUCCGAUUCGCACGCACCGAAUCGGAAUUCCUCCGGUUCACUCCGUCGCGCGGGAGAUUUCUUCCGAGCUCUCGGAUGACGGCGCUUUGAAGAACGAGACGGCGGCGCCGACGAAGGUGAAGAAGAAAGGUCUGGAGAAGGACCCAAGGGCGCUGUGGCUGAGGUACGUCGACUGGCUGUACCAGCACAAGGAGCUAGGACUUUUCCUGGACGUGAGCCGGGUCGGGUUCACGGACGAGUUCGUGGCCGAAAUGGAGCCUCGGUUCCAGGCGGCGUUCCGGGCCAUGGAGGAGCUCGAGAAGGGGGCGAUUGCGAACCCCGAUGAGGGCCGCAUGGUCGGCCAUUACUGGCUCAGGAGUCCCCACCUCGCUCCCACCUCGCGUCUCAAGUCGCUGAUUGAGACCACGCUCGAUGCCGUUUGUGACUUCGCAGGCGACGUCGUCUCCGGUAAGAUUAAGCCACCUUCUUCCCCAGAGGGUCGAUUUACUCAGAUACUUUCUGUUGGGAUUGGAGGUUCUGCGCUUGGGCCACAGUUUGUUGCUGAGGCACUAGCUCCUGAUAAUCCUCCUCUUAAGAUAAGAUUCAUCGAUAAUACCGACCCAGCAGGAAUUGAUCAUCAAAUUGCGCAGCUUGGUCCUGAGUUGGCGUCUACACUUGUCAUAGUCAUUUCAAAGAGUGGAGGAACUCCUGAAACUAGAAAUGGUUUAUUGGAAGUACAAAAGGCCUUUCGUGACACCAGCCUGGAUUUUUCAAAACAGGGUGUCGCUAUAACACAAGAGAAUUCAUUAUUAGACAACACUGCAAGAAUCGAGGGCUGGUUAGCUAGAUUUCCCAUGUUUGACUGGGUAGGUGGUAGAACAUCUGAAAUGUCGGCUGUUGGUCUCCUUCCAGCAGCACUUCAGGGAAUUGACAUUAGAGAAAUGCUUGCCGGUGCAGCAUUGAUGGAUGAGGCAAACAGAGCGACUGUGCUAAAAAAGAACCCUGCAGCAUUACUCGCAUUGUGUUGGUAUUGGGCUUCUGACGGAGUAGGAUCUAAGGAUAUGGUUGUCCUUCCUUAUAAAGACAGCCUAUUGUUAUUUAGUCGGUAUCUGCAGCAGCUUGUUAUGGAAUCUCUGGGGAAUGAGUUUGACCUUGAUGGUAAUCGGGUAAAACAAGGAUUAACUGUCUAUGGGAAUAAAGGAAGCACAGAUCAGCAUGCCUACAUACAGCAACUGAGAGAAGGUGUGCACAAUUUCUUUGUGACUUUCAUUGAAGUUCUAUGUGAUAGGCCCCCGGGUCACGAUUGGGAGCUUGAGCCUGGUGUUACAUGUGGUGACUAUCUUUUCGGAAUGCUACAGGGAACAAGGUCAGCUCUAUACGCCAACAACAGGGAGUCCAUCACAGUUACUGUCCAAGAAGUAACACCUAGAUCUGUGGGUGCUCUAAUAGCGCUUUAUGAGCGAGCAGUUGGGAUAUAUGCCUCACUUGUAAACAUUAAUGCCUACCACCAACCUGGCGUGGAAGCUGGGAAGAAAGCAGCUGGAGAAGUAUUAGCUCUUCAGAAGCGGGUUUUGGCAGUACUCAAUGAGGCCAGCUGUAAAGAGCCCGUUGAACCAUUGACUCUUGAAGAAGUAGCCGAACGUUGCCAUGCUCCUGAAGAUAUCGAAAUGAUUUACAAGAUCAUAGCCCACAUGGCUAGCAAUGACAGAGCGCUCAUCGCCGAAGGCAGUUGCGGGUCACCGCGGAGCUUCAAAGUUUUCCUUGGGGAGUGUAAUGUGGAUGAGUUGUAUGCUUAGUUCAUCUUCACAUGUUAUGCAUGUGUUUUGACUUUUAAACCCAAAAGGAAAUUUCAAAUAAUUUGGUCUUCAUUUUGUCCUAUCU